CUGAUAGGGCAUUCGAUGACCACAGACGUCACCAAGCUGCAAAUCCAUUUGGGCAGGGAUAAAUUUAGCACUGGCAAUGAUAAGAGGCGAAAGCUUCGGAUGCCCCGCAAGGACAGUUGCUACCCAUCAGUGAUUUGCUCCAGACCGAGGGCUGGUAUCCUCUGCCACUGGAUACUGGACACUACAACGAUGGGCAGUACCAGAGAUCAGCGAUCAGUCACCAUGAAACUGCUCUGGAUCCUGGUGCUCAGUCUGCUGUUGGCAGGACAGCUGGCCUUUACUCAGGAUUUUGACUUGGACUUGGAAGACGUGGGAAAAGACGUUCCAAAACCAGAAGAGCCUGUGGCACCUGACAGUAAGCCAGACGACAAGCAGGUCUGCAGCAUGUGUAUGGGAGGGGUGCCAGGCACCCCAGGGCACAGCGGGUCCCCGGGGAGAGAUGGCAGAGACGGGCGCGAUGGCCGCGACGGGGAAAACGGCAAACCUGGUGAACCGGGGGCAAAGGGAGAGCAGGGCGCCAAAGGUGACGUCGGCCCGCGGGGGCCUACAGGCUUCCCGGGCAUCCCUGGGGCGAAAGGCAGUCGGGGCGACAGCACCCAUGCCCUCCGCUCGGCCUUCAGCGUGGGCCUGACCAGCCGCGCGUCCACCGCCAACGUGCCCAUCCGCUUCAACAAGCCCUUCUACAACGAGCAGCGUCACUACGACGACACCAGCGGAAAGUUCCGCUGCGUCUACCCCGGCGUCUACUUCUUCACCUACCACCUGACCAUCUACCCCAAGGACACCCGGGUCAGCCUGUACAGGAACGGCAAGGCGGUCAUGUUCACCUACGACCAGUUCCAGGAGAACAACCUGGACCAGGCCUCCAGCUCCAUCAUACUGCGCCUGGAGGCCAGGGACGAGGUCUACCUGCAGGUGUACGGAGAGGAGGAGCACGGCGAGAUCUACGCCGACAACACCAACGACUCCACGUUCUCCGGCUUCCUCCUGUACUCCGAUGACCCGGCGAGCAGCUAGAGGAGCUGAGCAUGACGGAGCACAGUGGCGGUGGUCUCAGUCAUGGUCGAUUUGUGCCAUACUGGACUUUCCAACAAUUUGCAAACAGUCCUUUUUUAGUCCUUUUAACAUAGCAUAGGUUUAUUGUUUUUCAUCCACCACGUACUAUUUUGUAAGUGCUAUAUAUUAAGUUGAUUAAAUUAUUUAAAAUGGUACAGGAAAUUACAUAUUUUAAUCUGAUACCGAAGGAGAUUGCUUAGGACACUCCAAGGACACACUGUUGGUUGGCUUUGACAAGCUUUAUAAAUAAAGAUUUAUAAAUGCUUGACGCAUCCAACUAAGUUAACUAAACUGAAAUCUGUCUUUCAGUGGAUGAAGUAGUGCUGUAGCCAGGGUAUGCUCAGCUAGCUGCUUUUGCCCUCAUGCCAAACCAAGCCCCUAUGUUGGAGUGCCCAGACCCAAGCAGGCCUUUCAACCAUCUGCUGGCCACUAUUCAACUUUCCAGUUGAUCCAUUGCAUAUUCCAUUUUCUAUCAGUGCAUUUAUUUAUAUUUUAAUGACCAAGGUCAUGGAGUACCUACUCCACCAUGAGAUUCAAAUUAUGCUAGUUGUCGCCAAAUAAAUUGGCUCUGCAGAUAAAGGAGUUAUUGCUUCUGAUCAUAAAAUACAGCCGUGCUCUGUUAUUUUAAGCAGCUGUCCUAAUAGCUGUAUCCACAUGUGUCCAAAGACUCAUAAAUAAUGCAGCAAUUUGUUAUUAGUGAGAGUAGAGUGACACCAUUCAAUCAUCUGUUUGGGAAAAAGUAGGAACGAGUGAUGACUGUAGGUUGCGUAGUUGGAUCAGUCAUCUGUUUAGGGUAUAUACACAGUGCCAUCUGCACAUAGGAAAACUAAUAAUCAACCACUCUUUCUCUUGUCAUGUUGAUGCUGCAUUUACAAUUUACAAUUUAAGAUUGUUCAACAGAUGUUUCAUGAGCAUUUUUUGCAAUGGAGUCAAAAAAACGAAUUUAAAAAAAAGUUAAACCCUUGGAAAAUAGAGUGAUAGUAAAGAUAUAUUUAAAAAAUGAUUUUUAAGAUUUGUUUAUUAACCUUUAUGUAUACAUGGGUAGGUUGACCGAGCCUGCUUGCUCUUUACAGAAACACCCUGUCAAUGCCCCCCCAAGUAGCCAAACCUGCAUGUCUUUGGAUAGAGACUGAAAAGGAAUAUAAUCUUAAGAUGGUACUGAAAAACAAGUAAAAAGACAGGUAAAUAAAUGAAUUUUCAAAGAACGAAUCAAUGACAUUUUAAUAUGUUAUAAAUGGACUGAUAAAUAAUUUCAGGCUCUGCCAGGUACUCUGAAUAUGUCAUCCCAUGUGCCCCCACACCAUUUAGAAUUUAGAUCUCUCUCGGUGCAAGUAGCAAGGUGCAGGGCUUUGAAUGCAAUCAGGCUCUCACAAUGAGACUUUGUCCACCGACAUCCAAUGACUCAUUGGAUGCAAAUUGAUAUCAUUGUUCCAGUUGAAGCAAGAGACAUGUUUCAAUAAAACAUUGUUGUUAAAUGUG